AUGGCCACGAACAACGACUCGGCGUGGAUGGACGACGACUGUCUCUACCACCUUCCCUCCUCCUCCGCCUCCUUCGGCCCUCGCAGCUUCAAUAUCGCUCAACUCCUUCUCUCUCUACCGAUCAUCGUUGGAAACACCGUCGUCAUAGCAACCAUCCGCCGCUCGCCUUCGCUCCACACCGUCCCCUACGUCUUCAUCUGCCACCUGGCGGCUGCCGACCUCUGCGUCGGCGUCGUGCUGUUCGUGCACGCCGUCGCCUUUCUGUCGACGACGACGCCGUACGGCUGCGCCAUCUGGUGGUGUGCUCUGCAUCAGAACGUUAAGCUGUGUGCGCUGCUCGCUUCGUCUCUGCUGUACGGCGCCGUCAACGUGGAGAGAUACGUCGCCAUCGUACUUCCGCUGCACGCCGACCGACUGCUUCCGCGGCGACGCGUGCGCCACCUACUGGCCGUCGUCUGGUGCGCGGUGGCGCUGGUGUUUGUCGCCGGAAGCGCCGUGUACGUGCGCGCCGGCAGAACGGGAUUCCAGUGCGUCGCCGAGUUCCGAGGCGACUACUUCCGGUUCUGGUCGGCGACGGCCGGCGUUACGACGACGACGACGCUCGCCGUCAUCUUCUUCUGCUACGCGCGCAUCGUCGCCACGGCGCGGCGCCACCGUCGC